CAAUGAACGUGCUCAGAAGAUAGAAUCGAACGGCUGCGGCCGACCGAGCGGGAGGACGGACCGAAGACAAACACUCACUCACUCAGUGGGUUGCUCGGUCGGUUCACCGGGCGCACGUUCCGGGCGUGCGUGCGUCGUAUCCAAUACACUGUACUGUAGUUCUAAUUAAACUCUCACUAAUUAUUAUAUUAUAUAAUAAAACUAUGAUGUGGAAAAUCAUUUAGUAUAUUUACUUUGUAUCUAUUACAUUGUACCUGCCUAAUUUAAGACAAAAAUAUUCAUUCGGCGUCUUUGCAUAUCGUUCGACUUCAGAUUUUUUGUGUUUACACUCUAAAAUACAUGUAUUUAUACUAGUUUCCUUGUUUAGAUUUAUUCAAGAGGGCGGGGAUGGCGCAAAGGCGUUGGGUCGUGAGCGGCGCGGCCGGGGCGGCGGGUGCCGCGCUCGCGGCGUGGGCGCUGGUCGCGGACGACUCCGCCGCGGCGUGGUACAAACGGGCGCCGAUACCUACAGCGACUGUGUCUGCGAAGAGCGAGCGCAAGAAGCGGCCGCUGCCGUCGCGCGCGGAGCAGGUGGCCAACCUGCAGGCCGGCCACCAGUACGACGUGCUCAUCAUCGGCGGCGGGGCCACCGGCGCGGGCUGCGCGCUCGACGCCACCACCAGGGGUCUGCGCACGGCGCUGGUGGAGGGCGACGACUUCGCGAGCGGCACCUCCAGCCGCAGCACCAAGCUCAUCCAUGGCGGCGUGCGCUACCUGCAGAAGGCCAUCCUACAGCUCGACUACGAACAGUACAAAAUGGUGAAGGAGGCGCUGCACGAGCGCGCCAACAUGCUCGAGGUGGCGCCCCAUCUCACGCGACCGCUGCCCAUCCUGCUGCCCGUCUACAAGUGGUGGCAAGUCCCGUACUAUUGGUUCGGUAUAAAGAUGUACGAUUUGGUGGCGGGCGACAGGAACGUGAAGAGCUCCUACUACUUGUCGAAGAAGAACACUCUGGAACUGUUCCCCAUGUUGAAGUCGGAUAACUUAUGCGGCGGCAUCGUGUACUACGACGGCCAGCAAGACGACGCGCGCAUGAACCUGGCCAUCGCGCUGACGGCGGCGCGGCACGGCGCCACCAUCGCCAACCACGUCAGCUGCCUGAAGCUGCACAAGACGGCCGGCAAGCUGUCCGGCGCGCGGCUUCGGGAUGAGCUGACGGGCAAGGAGUGGGACGUGAAGGCGAAGUGCAUCAUUAACGCGACGGGCCCCUUCACCGACAGCAUCCGCCGCAUGGACGACCAAGCCGUCCAACCCAUCUGCAGCCCCUCCUCCGGCGUGCACAUCGUGCUGCCCAGCUACUAUAGCCCGGAGCACAUGGGUCUGCUGGACCCGGCCACGUCGGACGGUCGCGUGAUAUUCUUCCUGCCGUGGUUGAAGGGCACCAUCGCCGGCACCACGGACCUGCCGUGUGAAGUCACGCCGUCGCCGCGACCCACCGAGGAAGAGAUCCUCUUCAUCCUCACCGAGGUCAAGAACUACCUCAACCCGGACGUCGAAGUCCGUCGCGGCGACGUGAUGUCGGCGUGGUCGGGCAUCCGGCCUCUGGUGUCGGACCCCAACAAGGGCGAGGGGGACACGCAGGCCCUCGCGCGCAACCACGUGGUGCACGUGUCGCGCUCCGGCCUCGUCACCGUGGCGGGCGGCAAGUGGACCACCUACCGCGCCAUGGCCGCCGAGACGAUGGACCGAGCCAUACAGAGUGCCGACCUCAAGCCGUUGUACAAAGAUUGCCAAACGGACGGGUUCUUGAUAGAGGGCGCUCACGGGUGGACUCCGACUAUGUAUAUUAGACUGGUGCAAGAUUUCGGACUGGAAAUGGAGGUAGCGCAGCACUUAGCCAAGUCGUAUGGGGACCGCGCGUUCGCGGUGGCCAAGAUGGCCGCCAUGACCGGCAAGCGGUGGCCCAUCAUUGGCAAGAAGAUCCACCCCGAGUUCCCGUACAUUGACGCUGAGAUUAGGUACGGCGUGCGUGAGUACGCGUGUACUGCCGUGGACAUGGUGGCGCGACGACUGCGCCUCGCCUUCCUCAACGUGCAGGCCGCGGCCGAGGCCCUGCCUGCCAUCAUAGACCUCAUGGGGGAGGAGCUCUCCUGGAGCGCGGGGGAGCGCCAGAAACAAAUGAAGAUGGCGAGCGAAUUCCUGGCGAACGAGAUGGGGCAGAUGGUGAAUCGGGCCAGCCGCGACAAGAUCCCCAUCAACCUCAGCAAGGACGAGAUACAAACCUACAUCAAGCGGUUCCAGAUCAUCGACAAGGACCGCAAGGGGUUCGUCUCCAUCAACGACAUCAGGAGGAGUCUGAAGAACUACGGCGAGGAGGUGACGGGCGAGCAGCUGCACGAGAUCCUGAAGGAGAUCGACACCAACAUGAACGGCCAGGUGGAGCUCGACGAGUACCUGCAGAUGAUGUCGGCCAUAAAGUCCGGCCACGUGGCGUACUCGCGGUUCGCGCGUAUGGCGGAGAUGGAGGAAGAGCACCACGAGCGCGAACAGCUGAAGAAGAAGAUCACCGUCGAGCGCAGCGGCGGCGGACUCUAACCUGACCUCACCUCAACGAGAAACGCGAGCUAAGAUGUCGCUGAAUCCCCUACUCAUCGGUUUAUUAUUAUUUAUCAAAUACCUAAUAAAACACUACAAUUAUUAUAAUUGUAUCAUGUUACGUUGCGUCCGAGCAUUUCAUAAUAAUAGAUAACUGAGAUAAAUACAAAAUCGGACGCAAACACAAACAAAUUAUUCUCAUUUAUUAUUGUAUUUUUAAUUCGCAUUUUUUGUACCUAUUUGUACUGUUGCUGUUGGUAUAUAAAAUAUACUCGACCGCUCAAAAUGCAACUGCAAUAAUUAAAGUAUUAACUUAUGUUAAUGAUAGAUACAUGAAGUUAUUGUUAUAAUUUGAAAUAGAAACACAUUGGUGUCGAUUCUGACAUGAUUCUCUAAACAUAAAACCAAAUUUUAUAUCAGUUUUCCUUUUCAUUCUGUAUACAGAAUCACACACAGGGAUACACUAUUUCAAAUUUAAUUUGACGCUUAGAGAAUGAUGCCAGUGUAGACACCAUUAUUGGGUAAUUAAAUUAGAAUCACGUAGUAAGUUAUUUUAGUCAGAUGAAUUAUUGUAAGUUAAUAUUUUAAGAUUUAACUAAUUUGAUACAUAAUAAAUGUAAUACACCUAUAGUAUAAACUUUAACGGAACUUGUGACAUUUUAUUAUUGUAAAGUAAUUAAGUAUAAUAAAAUUUGACAUUUAAUGUGCAAUGAAAAAAAUUGUAUAAUAAGUACCUAAAGGUGAUUGUGAUUAGUUUAGUUACCGUCGCCGCGUCGUAUAAAUAAAUCAGUAAAAUACAAAGGAGAUUGCUCAAAUUGCCCUAAAUGCACAAAAAAUAUUGACAUACACGGUAAUUCUUGACGUAAUUUAUAAUUUAAUUUACAGUCAUUAGAUUUCAACGGACACCUUUGUAUAAUAUAUUUACUUUAAAAAGGACUUUUAAUCUUACCGGUUUGGAAAACAUACGAAUCAUUUUUAAUGGCUAUGGGUGUAGUAACAUUCAGCCAAAGACUGAUCGAAGUUGUUUAUAUAACAUAAAAAGAAAUCUAUUUUGUAAAGAUCGAUAAAAUAUUUUUUUUUAUUACACCUUGGUAUUAAUAUCCACCACUAUAUUAUCAUUUUCACUAGAUGCAAAUAUGCUCAGACAAUUAUUAUAGAUGGUAGGCGACAUCACAAAGUCUAUUGCCAUACAUUUUUCGCCAAAGACCUCCAUAAACACAUUAUAAUCUGUAUAUAUGUUAGACUUUAAGGUAUCUAUCUAUGGGCCUACGUUCCCUGACUAAAAUAAAUAAAUAAAUAAAAUUAUAAGGUGUGAUACACUAAAAAUCUAAAAUAUGGUUAUCUUAAAAACAUAGGUAACAAAAAUAAUGAAGCUACUGAAUAUAUGGCUAUAGAACCUAAAUCUCUUAGCUUUCUUUGGUUAACGAGAGUUUAAAAACGAGAGUCUAAUCUGUGGCUCAUUCACAAUCAUCACGCAGUUUCUGUCACAGAGUACCUUAUUAUAACCGGAAAUGACACCUGAUUUUAAAAGUUACUCUUAUGCAUUAACUUUAAAAACAGGCAACUAUCUGUUAAUCUACAUGCUCUAUAUAGGCACCUGAAUCUAAUCCAUAAUUUCGGUACUUGGCUUUCCCUAGUUUACUAUAUAACUUUUUUGUUUUUUAUUAUUUUAAUAUGUUCAAUGUAUAUGGUUUAUAGAAGUUCUCAGGGGUGUCCGUCAAUAAUAUUCGUUUCUACAGUAAUUUAUAUAUAAUUUCGAAUCUAGGAAACAAUUUUUUAUGAUUAUUGGUCUUUAGGCCAAACAUGUAUGGAAGCUGAGCAAUCUCCUUUAAUAACUCAAAGGUAUGUACCGAGGACUUAUAUCAUAUGCAUGCAAGUAGAUUUAGUACUUAUACAAAAUAACGAAGUAUACCUACAUCUGCACAAGAGAAUUUUAUACUGAACUAGUGGCCCGACCUCGCUUCGCUUCGAGGUAGAAUUGUUCAAAAUCCUUUCUUAGCGGAUGCCUUCGUCAUAACAUCUACCUGCAUGUCAAAUUUUAGCCCGAUCCGUCCAGUGGUUUGGGCUGUGCGUUGAUAGAUCACUAUAUCAGUCAGUCACCUUUGAGUUAUAUAUCUA